GAAUUUUCAUUGUCAAAGUCUGUUCUCUGUUCAGUCUGUUUUAGUUUGAUCGAAAUUGCUUGAAUUUUUCUCUACGCUUACACAAUGUCCAGUCUAAUUCGGCUCAAUAGCAACGCGCUACUAGUGCGAAAUCUAAUUCAACGAUCUGCCAGUAAUGCCCGAUGGAUUUCCUCAUCUCAAAAAAAUCGUGAUGCGGCCACAAUCGAUGUAAGCAAAAAAGCUGCCGCAAAACCUGCCGAGCCUGCUGCGACUUCCACCAACAAAAAUUGGGUGAGCUACGGAUUCGAUUAUCUUGACGAGAAGGCCGAUCGCAACGCAACCAAAUCGUCAUUCUUCUUCACCGUCACCGUCUGUAUUGUAUUUGGUGCGUUUUACUGGUCCUACCUUCCCGAUCCACAAUUACGUGACUGGGCCCAACGGGAAGCGUAUCUGGAGCUGAGACGUCGAGAGGCGGCAGGUUUGGAACCGAUCAGCAAGGACUUCAUUGAUCCAUCGCAAAUCUCUCUACCGUCCGACGAAGAACUGGGCAAUACCGAGAUCGUCAUCUAGGCCGGUGGAAUUCGAUUGUUACAUUUUUUACUACCGCUUGUCAAUAAGAGAAAAUUAUAUAACCAUGGCUUUUCAGAAGUAGCUGGGUAAAAACAACUCGUACGUAUUACGAAUUAGUAGCAAUGUUUUAGCGUUGACAGGAUCAGAUUUUCCCGGGCGGUGCAAAAGGAAAUUGCAGAAAUGGUAAAUACACUAUCGAAUGUUUAA